AUGGAAAUAACUGGACUUUGUUUACAGAAAGCCACAAAGAAAACUGAUAAACCCAGGCUUGAGGAUAAAGAUGAUCUAGAUGUAACAGAGCUUACUAAUGAAGAUCUUCUGGAUCAGCUUGUGAAAUAUGGGGUGAAUCCUGGUCCUAUUGUAGGAACAACUAGGAAGCUCUAUGAGAAAAAGCUGUUGAAACUGAGGGAACAAGGAACAGAAUCAAGAUCAUCUACACCUUUGCCAACCAUUUCUUCUUCAGCAGAAAAUACAAGACAGAAUGGAAGUAAUGACUCUGACCGAUACAGUGACAAUGAAGAAGACUCAAAAAUAGAGCUCAAGCUUGAGAAGAGAGAACCACUAAAGGGGAGAGCAAAGACUCCAGUAACACUCAAGCAAAGAAGAAUUGAGCACAAUCAGAGCUAUUCUCAAGCUGGAAUAACUGAGACUGAAUGGACAAGUGGAUCUUCAAAAGGCGGACCUCUGCAGGCAUUAACUAGGGAGUCUACCAGAGGGGCAAGAAGAACUCCAAGGAAAAGGGUGGAAACUUCAGAACAUUUUCGUAUAGCUGGUGCAGUAAUUUCAGAGAGUACUCCCAUAGCUGAAACUAUAAAGGCUUCAAGCAACGAAACCUUAGUUGUCAAUAGGGUGACUGGAAAUUUCAAGCAUGCAGCUCCCAUUCUGCCAAUCACUGAAUUCUCAGACAUACCCAGAAGAACACCAAAGAAACCAUUGACAAGAGCUGAAGUGGGAGAAAAAACAGAGGAAAGAAGAAUAGAGAGAGAUAUUCUUAAGGAAAUGUUUCCCUUUGAAGCAUCUACACCAACAGGAAUUAGUGCUAGUUGCCGCAGACCAAUCAAAGGAGCAGCAGGCCGACCGUUGGAACUCAGUGAUUUCAGGAUGGAGGAACCCUUCUCAUCCAAAUAUGCUCCUAAGUAUGUUCCCUUGGCAGAUGUCAAGUCAGAAAAGACAAAAAAGGGACGCUCCAUUCCCAUGUGGAUAAAAAUUUUGCUCUUUGUUGUUGUGACCGGUUUUUUGUUUUUGGUCUAUCAAGCUAUGGAAACCAACCAAGGAAAUCCAUUUUCUAAAUUUCUUCCUGAUGAGCCUAAAACUCCCAACUGAAUGAUAACUUGGCACACUCAACUUGGUCUCCUAUUUUUUAAUAACUGUAUAAACAGAAACAACAAAAAACAUUUGUGUACAUUUGUUGACUCAAGAACUAAAUAGUAAUGUGAUUUCACCUCAAUAAAUGUAGUAUUCCAUUGAAAAGCAAACAAGAUACAUAAAUGGACUUCAUUUCAAUGUUUUGGACUUUGGACUAGUAGGAGAUCACUGCGUGCCAUAUGAAUAAUCUUUUUUAGCUCUGGAACUUUUUUGUAGGCUUUAUUUUUUUAAUGCAGACAUCUUAUUUCAUUUUUGAGAAAAAUGUAUAUUGUUUUGUGUAUUUGGGAAACAAGGGCAAAACAUGCUAGUAUAAUGUGAAGCUUCACAUUUAAAUACUUUGAACUCUUACAGAAAAGAUUUGAAGAUUUAUUCUCUGCUGAAUAAAAAAUUUUAAAGAUAUGUGAAAUAUGAAAUUCAGUAAGAGAAGUAACUUAGGGUUGUACUUUUUGUAACUGUAACAAAAUUUGAUGGUGUUAACAUGGGAAAAAGUACAGCAAUAAUCUCUUCUGUAACUUUUACUAAUAGUAAUAUUGUAGCCCUGUUAUACUCCCUUUUUAAAAGAUUUCUAGUAUCAUGAAUGUCCUACUUCAGUAAAAUCCAAUUAAAUACAGUUGAUUUUUAGCAGGGAUAUUUUAGUGUAACAUAUACAUGGCUAGAGCUGAAAACUGGCUGUACAUGUUUAUUUAAACUGUUUAGCUAGUUAACAGACUAUUGAAAACUUUACUUUUUAUUUACAACAAAACAUUUAUUCUGUCAAUUGAGUUUGCUACCAAAAAUAUUGUUUGGAUAAGUGUGUGUGUGUUUAGAAGUAAGUUAGCAACUUUUAACACUGGUCUUGGUUCCAUUUGGAUUCAUUAUUUCAUUGUCUUCUGUUACCAAAAACAAAUUUUGCCAAGUUUUUUUGCCCUAUAUUUCCCAACAAAAUUUGAUU